AUGUACUCGGUUGGGAGAAAACGCCUGGGUGGCACGACGCCCGGUUACAGGGCUACGAAAAUCGCAAAGACUGAAAAUAUCUUCAACCGCAUGAAAGUAUGUGUCCGUGUGCGUCCGCUUUCAAAGAAGGAGACUGCAUCUGAAGCGAAGAAUAACAUUGAUGUUAUCGACACAAACAUGAUGGUCUUUGACCCCCUGGUAUCUUCGCCUAAGGACACCUACUACUAUCGCGGCAAGAACUACAAGGAGAUUGGCAAACGCGCCAACAAGAACCUGAACUUCGUUUUUGAUCGCGUCUUUGAUUUUCACGAUAACAACAUUGCUGUUUACCAGGAAACGACAAAGGAUCUGGUGGACUCGCUGAUUUCUGGAUUCAACUGCUCUGUUUUUGCUUACGGAGCAACUGGCUCGGGAAAAACACACACCAUGCUCGGAUCUUUAAACGACCCUGGCAUCAUUUUCUACACAACAAUGGACCUUUACAAAAAGCUGGAAGAGAACGGAAACAAAAAUUACGAGCUGAACAUUUCUUACUUUGAAAUAUACAACGAAGUUUUGCACGACCUGCUAGAUCCCAACUCGCGACAGGCACUUACCGUCCUUGAAGACUCGAACAAGGGCAUGAUUAUUAAAAAUUUGAGUUCUCACACCCCUCAAAAUGCCGACCACCUGAUCGAAAUGAUGGAGUAUGGAAACAAAAAUCGAAAACAACAUCCAACCGAUGCCAACGCUGAGUCUUCACGCUCUCAUGCCAUCUUUCAAAUCAAUCUUCGCCUGAAGAAGUUUAACGAUUCUCAGGAAAUGACUAUCCAGGAUUCCAAAAUGAGUCUCAUUGACUUGGCUGGCAGUGAACGAGCCACAGUGGCCUACAAAUCGGGCAGCUCUCGGACCACGAAUCUUUGUCGUGAGGGCUCAAACAUCAACAAAUCUCUUUUGUCUCUUGGCAACUGCAUCAACGCUCUCGCCGAUCCCAAUGGCCGAAACAACUAUAUUCCUUACCGAAGCUCAAAGCUGACGUUUAUAUUGCGCGACAGUCUUGGGGGCAACUGCCAGACUUUGAUGAUAGCUGCCGUAUCGCCCUCCUCCACACAUUACGAAGAAACCCAUAAUACGCUUCUCUAUGCAGAACGUGCUAAGGGUGUCCAAUUGAACGUACGAAAAAACAAUGUCACUGUAAAUGUGCAACCUCGCGACUAUCGCGCGAUUAUCGAGCAGAAGGACGCAGAACUGAUCAAAACGAAAAAGAUCAUUGCUGAGCAAAAGCUGGAAAUUGAGCGUCUAAACAGUCAAGCCAAUUGCUUGCCAAACGAUCCGAUUGUCUCCUCAGGCAAGGCCAUUGAAACGCUUCACAUGGUGAAAAAUACCCUCGACCACUUGUUUGACCGCCGAAUGGAAAUUCGCGUUAAUCUGCUUGAUUGCGAACACCAAAUUAAGUUAAUUAACCUACAACUUUUGUACCGAAGUCAGGACAAUGACCGCAUCUCAAGAUUGAAUAAUGAAGUUGAAUCAGACGAACUGAAGGCCAGCACAAGCGCUUUUUCACAUUUUCAUCACAAGAAGCUGCAUUUUGUGAACAAGCAAACGGAUUUGCUAAAAGAACUUGAUAAUGUCGAGGAGAAAAUUAGUCACUUUGAAACCGAAUUGAUGGAAAAGUUCAGGGAGGACAUUGUCAUUCGAGCGUACUUUGACAAAAACAAUUGUCAACUGCAGGCAAGAGAAGUGACUCUGGCUGAAGGGCAUAUAAAUAGCGUUCUGGAGAAUCUCUUUUUACGUGAAGAGAGCAAUGAAGAGGUACUCACUGAAACAUUCAAUUUGGCCCAUCGUUCCUGUUGUGUGCUUAAAGCCCAGGGACUGUUGUCAACAGAGAUGGACAACAAGCUGAAGGAUCUUGUGCGCAAGCUGGAGGGCAAAAAAGAAGUCAAGUGGCGUGACGACAUUGUCACACCAAAAGUUGAAAAGAUGAGCGAAAAGAUCAGUCUUGCAAAGUUGCACGUUUUCCUCAACGAAUUAGAGUCCCCGAGAGACAAACGAAGCUUGGAAUCCAUUCUCGACAUAACUCCACUGAUUCAUAAAAUCAAGUCCAAUUGA